GGCUGCCCUGCUGGGGGGCGCAGAAGGGGAGGGCGGCCCGGCCCGGGGCCUCCCCCCCUCUCCCCGCAGCCGUAUCCUGCAGUCGGCGAUGGAGAGCGUCCUCAUCCCGGGGCUCGCCGCGGGGAAGUCCCGGGCGCCCAGGGACGCGGCGGCGGCGGCGGCGGCAGGCUCUGCCGAGCAAGGCGGCCGGACGGCGGCGAAGAGGGCCCGGCGGGAGGCGUCCCCCUCGCCAGGCGCCCCGUGGGAGCGAAUCCGGGCGGAGGGCCUCAGCUGCGACUACGUCCCCCUCUUCGGCAGGGCCGAGGCGGACGGACUCUUCCGCCAGCUUGAAACCGAUGUGGAGUACUUCGAAGGUGAACUUACCAAGCUGCACAUCUUUGGGAAAUGGCACGACAUCCCGAGGAAGCAGGUGACCUACGGGGAUGCUGGGCUAACCUACACUUACUCCGGUGUCACCUUUUCACCCAAGCCGUGGAUUCCAGUUCUGAAUCACAUCAGGGAGCGGGUUCACCUGGUCACUGGCCAUACCUUCAAUUUUGUUUUGAUAAACAGGUAUAAAGAUGGCCACGACCACAUAGGAGAGCACAGGGAUGACGAGAGGGAGCUGGUUCCUCGCAGCCCCAUUGCCUCCGUGUCCUUUGGCGCCCGCAGGGACUUCAUCUUCCGCCAUGGGGCUUCUCGGGGCAAAAACCCCUCCCGCCGAAUCGGGCCGGUCAAGUUGCAGUUGGAUCACGGCAGUCUGCUGGUGAUGAACUUUCCCACCAAUCGUUACUGGUACCACAGCCUGCCCAGCCGCAAGAAGGUCCUGGCUCCCAGAAUCAAUCUGACCUUUCGGAAAAUUAGGAGCGUUUAGCUCCCGGGAGCAGAGGGGGUGAGCGUUUUUUCAUUCUUUCCUUUUGGGGCACUUGAAGAAACACCUUUAUUUCUCAUGGGCUGCAGCACAAAGCACAGCACGGGUUUAUUGUUCCCCCUUCUUGAGGCAAAAAGCCACCUGGACUCAGUUGGGCUGUUCGGUUGAAGGGGCUCUGCUUGCAUAACCUGGUGCAUUGCCUGGCUACCAGGGUCUCUAACCAAACCAUAUUUGUGGCUGUCAUUUGCCACCACAAAUCGGCCAGUCACACUUUACCCUGGAAGGCUGUGUGAACCUGGCCUGUGGCACGGUGUAUCCUGUGAACCAGGAAAAUGGGGUUACCUGAAUGAACCAUGCUUCAGUUAACUAUGAGGAAGCGUGUUGCACAAACAAUCCCUGGCUCAGUGCAUUGUGGGAAUGCCUUAAUCUGCUUGCUGGUUAGGAGCUGAUCAAGAUUCAUGGCCCUUCCCUAAGACGGUACUAGAGCGGUGGAAGUGUGGAUGGGCAGGGAGACUUCGCUAUUCCAGGGAAUGGCGGGACACAGCUUGUCCCGAGUCGAGGAAAGUGAGUGUCUGUGCACCAGGGUUGCUCCAAAUGCAGGCGUGCUUCUGCCCCGUGGGCAGCUGUGUCCUGGGAAUCCCCAGGCUUGGAGCUAGGGAAGGACUUGGAUCUUCCCAGGGCCUGUAUGUGCUUUGCUCCACACGUUUGCUCAAGGAGUGAAUCUGCAAGCAACAGGCCUGAGGUCUACGAACU